GGCCAUUUUUGUCAACGUUCACACUGAUUGGACUUUGCUAUAUCAUGCACCGGGAACAGACAGGGAGGCGCGAGCACAAGCUAAUCGAGAGGGAUCACCCACCAUUACCUUAUCUCAACAAAGCAAGAAGAAGAAAAGACCGCCCACCAUUUUGGUCAAUGAGACGCAUUACCUUAUCUUAACAAAGCAAGAAGAAGAGAAAAUAUUAUUUUCCUUUGGUAAACCAAACCACGCACUGUUUUGUUCAGUUUGGAAUGUGUUUUUACCCAGAAAAUAUUUAAAACAGCUUGGUUUGAAUUUCAAACCGCCAAUUAAUUAUAACGAAUUCCCCUACUUUUGCCGGUGGGGAACAGAACACCCGCCGCACCGGCGCACUGCCCAACGGCUCGCCCGCUGUCAACGCGCAAUCUGAAUCCCAUCAUCAUCCCCUAAUCCAAAUCGCACGCAAAGCAGAGCAAAUCUAGUCCUAAUACGGAGUAGAACUCCCUUUUGACAGCAACGGACGCGCACUAGUACAGCUCCUGACGAAUGCAGCAGCAGCAAGGCUAGCUGCUGCUGCGCCAGAUCCACUCCGGCGGGAGGAGCUUCUCGGUGGCCAUGGCCGCGGAGAGCUGCCACUCCCGCAGCUUCUCCUGGCUCGUCAAAUCCUGCGUCCCCGCCGACCCCGGCCGCCACAUCUCCGUCCCCGUCCCGAUCUCCUCCGCCGCCGCUGCUGGUAUCUCCGCCGCCGGCGUCACGGAACCAGCGGCGCACAUCGACGCGCUCCCCGACGACCUCCUCCUCGAGUGCCUUGCCCGCGUCCCGCGGGCAUCCCUCCCGCCGCUCCCCGCCGUGUGCCGCCGCUUCGCCGACCUCCUGGCCUCCGACGCCUUCCUCCACCUCCGCCGCGCGCGUGGCCAGCUCCGCCCCUCCCUCCUUUUCCUCUCCCUUCCCGACCGCGGCAGCGGCGGCUCCUUCUCCCAGGCCCUGCUCCCGCUCCCGCUCCAGCCAGAGAAUCAGGUCCAGGUCACCUCGCUGCCGCUGCCGCAGACCCUGCUGCUCCAAUGCGGCGGCGGCGGCGGCGCGGGGUUCUUCUCGCACGCGCGCGCCGUCUUCCUGCCCCCGCGCUCCGUCUUCCUCGUCACCGGUCGCGGGGCGAACAACCUGCGCGUGGACGCCGUCACGGGCGGCGGCUUCGCGCGGGCCUGCGCGCGCACGCUGUUCCCGCGGAAGAAGUUCGCGGCGGCGGCCGUGGGCGGGCGGAUCUACGUGGCCGGCGGGUCGGCGCGGACGGGCGCCGUGGAGGAGUACGACCCGGCGGCGGACGCGUGGCGCGUGGUGGCGGAGUGCCCGCGGCGGAGGUACGGCUGCGUCGGCGCCGGCGCCGGCGGCGUGUUCUACGUGGCCGGCGGGGUCGCCGUCUCCGGCUCCGGCGGCGGAUCAGACGGCCACGUGUGCGCCGCCGGGUCCGUGGACGCGCUGCACGUGGCGUCGGGCGCCUGGGCGCGCCCACGGGCUCUCCCCGCCGGCGGGUGCGUCGUGGGCGCGUGCGGCGUCGGCGAGCACCUCUACGUGGUGGCCAGCCACGCCGUGGAGCUCUCCUUCUGGAGGCUGCAGGGGAGAGGCGGGUGGGUGGCGCUGGAGCCGCCGCCGAUGCCCAGGGGGGCCGUGGGGAUCGGCAUGGCGGUGCGGGUGGCCAUGGCGGGGAUCGGGCGCGGGACGGUGGCGGCCGUGGUGAGCGCGGCAGCCGUGAGGGGCGGCGCGAGUGCGACCGCAAGCGCGUUCGAAGGGAUGGUGCUCGUGUACGACGUCGCCGGCGGCAAGUGGAGCCGCGCGCCGGACCUGCCGCCCGGGUUCCGGCGGGCCGCCUGCGCCGGCGUCGAGUGCUGAGUCACCUCUGCUGAGUCUGCUCUGCUCUGCUUCCCCCCAGGUUCGGUGGAUCGACGCGGCGCAACGCGAAGAAGAAGAAGAAGACGUCUUACUGAUUUGUUGAUUUGAGGAAACGAAUUAACUGGGCCGUUUAAUAGUGUUUAAUUUCUUUCCCUCCAAAAAAUAGUGUGUUAAUUUCGGGCAUUUUAGAAUAGUGCCGUAGUAAAAGUUAUGCACACACCGUCACACCGGCAUCCGGCAGUAUUGGAAGUGCCGGCGACGUUGGCAUGAAUACCCGCACGCAUAGUUUAAUUUUUUAGCACGAACGAGGCCUUGACACUAGUGUUUUUUUAGUGUUUCUAGGAUAUGCAAAUUGAAAAACACCAUAAAUCUUAAAUGGUUAUUUGGUAUUAGAG